AUGAAGAAUGUGAUGAUAGUAGUAUAUUAAAUGGAGAUGAUUGUGAUCGCACAUGUAGAUUAGAAAAAUAAUUUAUCUAUAAAGAUUAUGUUACUACAUAUCAAAAAAUUGAUUUAUAUCUAUAUCAAACCAGAUUUACCAUUAAUAUCAGCAGGUGAUCAAUCUAUAUACAAUAAUGUUAGAUUAGUUUAAUUAUCAUACAACAUAUUCUUAAAAUUUAGCAAUGAUAUAGAUUAUAUUAAGGAUGUUGAAGUAAUCAUUCUGAAUUAUUAAGAAGAACUAAACAUAAAGUAAUAAUGUGACAUUACCUCUGAUUUGAAAAUGGUUAUAAUAUUGAAUAUCAAUAUUUUAUUUGUAAUUAAUCCAAACUCAACUUAACUGUUACUUUUUAGAUACAUUUAUUUUCUGUUUCCUUAAUGAUACUACUUCAGUGAAAUGUAAUCUGUAAAAUCCAAUUAAUCUUACUGUAACAUUUCAUUAGAGCAUAAAGAAAUAAGACCUCAAAAUUAGCUUUACCAACCUUUCUCAUUUUAAAUCAAGUGAUGAUUAUAUCAAUAAUAAUAAUAGAUUGUAAAGACUAAUAAUUAUUUUUAAACUCUAAAAAACUAAAUUGCUGAAAUUAUUUUUGUUGAUGUAACUACAGUUGAAAUGCCUUCUUCAAGCAAUUAAUAUAUUUUGUAUGCUAUUGGAACAAUAAGUGGAACUGCUCUUCUAUUUGGAGGGUUAGAUAUUUUUUAUAAUCUUCUAGAUGUAAGUGAUUAUUAUGAAUUUAUUUUUAUUUACAUAUUUAACUAUACUAUACAAAUAUUGUCAUAUCUAAAGUAUAUUAAUUCUUAAUUUCCGUUUAAUUUAUAACAGUUUUUCAAUUGCUUUGAAUUUGUACAAAUGAAUUUCAUUUAAAAAUAUUUCAAUAUUUAUGACCUUUUUAAUCUAUAUCCGAUUAAUGAAAACUUUAACAAUAUUCCACUCAAAAUUAAAUAAGAUGAUUUAACACCUCUGUUUAUAAUAAACUGUGCAUUAACUAUUUUCAUUUGGUUUACUUAAAUUCUGAUAUACAUUGUUUCAAAAAAGAUUCCAUACUACUUAUAUCGACUUGAUUUCAAAUACAAAUUCCUAAUUUUACCUAUGAAAAUAUCAAUAACAAGUUUUUCUCUAAAAGUUUUAAGAGAAUUAUUUUGUAGUUGA